CUGCACUUUUCAGUAUAGUUAAGGCGUUUCGUACGAUCGGUGUAUUUGCGAUUUUUCUUCUCGAUCUACUAUUUGUCUUAGUAUAUUUCGACUAAACAAAUCUUCCGAAAUUUAUCAAUAAUAUCGUUUGUGGAGUAUAAUUUCUAUAAAUCUUGCAAAAAUGGACGUUGAAAACAAUAAAGAUACGUCACUGAAACCGGGAUCAAGUGCACCUAUGAUCGAUCCAACGACGGGUGAAGUGAUACCGAACGUAAACACCUACCAGCAAAAGAAGAAUCUGGCCCAGGGCAUGAUGGACUUGGCUCUGGUGUCCGCCAACGCCAAUCAGCUGCGCUAUGUUCUGGAAUCUUUUACGCGCCAUCCUUACUACUACUUCAGUUUGAUCUUUAUUUCCGUCAGUUUGAUCAUUCAGAUCGGUGUCGGAGUUGGACUGAUCAUGAACAGCCGGUACGACGUUAACGACAGGCGUGAAAUAUGCAAGGCAAACAGAAUCAACGAUUUGGUCACGAUCGGCAUCUUUCUGAUAACGCUGGUCAAUGUGCUGAUAUCGGCAUUCGGCGUGGCUCCCCGAGUGGACUGAAUCGGAAUGUGUGAAAUUGUGGAUACAGUGGAUUGCUGUAGAGUGUAUUUUCUAAGUGUGUUUUAUUGUGACAGUUCUAUUAUUAAAAGUGACGGUUCUAUUAUUAGAACUGAUUAAAAAGUGUAAUAUUUGAUUUUUGAGUUUGUUUAGGAACCAAAAAUGGCCAAAAUCUAUCAAACUGAAGCUGAAUAUUCGAAUUUGAUCAUGAUGAGGAAGAUCGUAUACGAAUAAUUACAAACUAAUUUGUAUCGACGCUGUACGUAUCUCUGGCCAGAGUGUUAUUAAUGCAGCUUUCUUUAUACAAUAAUAAAUUUAAUUGAAGAAUUCAA